AUUUGAUCCCUUCGCAAAACAACACAAGUAUCCUCGCUAGUGCCCGAUACCCGACAAGAAGCAUGCACCUCACUUCCUUCCUCGCAGUGUCGAUUACGGGAACUCUCCUCACCGGUAGUAAUGCGAUCAGUGAUGCUAAGGCUAUGGUUGAGAACAGAGCUUCGAGUGGUGACAUUUUCGCUCCAAUCCACUCGCGCUUGCUGCGCCGUGCUGAAAUCGACGAAGAUGAGGCGGAAGAAGAGAGAGUCCUCGGCAAUAUGAAGGAUAAGAUGAAGGCUGUAGCGGAGAAGCUGAAUCCCGUGAAAGGUGCGGAGAAGAUGAAGGAAAAGGUACAGGAGACCGACUGGUCGAAGCUGGUAAAGCAUUUAAAAGAACAGGCUAAAAGGGAGGGGAAGCGCUAAGAAAUUGGUGAUCAAGAGGAUAACAAUAUCCGCCCUGAACGAGUUGAUCGCUUCUCUCGUCAGUGCGAAGAUAAGGCACUUUCACGUCAGGUCUUCAGGGCCGUGGUAUUAGAUAUGCUGUUAACAGUGAGAACCAC